AUGACAUUGCUCGAGUUGUCCGACCUCGAGGUGCAGCAGCUCAAGGAGCAGAACCAUCGCCGGAUUAAGCGAGUGGUCACGGCUGUCGCUAUCACACUCAUGCUCAUUUCCUUUAUAUUAGUCGCGCUGUCGCUUUCGCUAGGCCCCAAGAUCGACCAGCUAGGUAAGUGACAUACAUGUUAUUGGUUGUGAAGUCGAAGUAUGCAGAAAAGUUAUAGUUCUGCCAAUACGAGGCUUGUGUUUAUAUUUCACUUGCAAAGUUUAUUGUACUUUUCAUAGUUUGCAGCUAUUUGAAUGCAAGCUUUGUCAAAAGUGUCAAAAAACCAACAGAGGCUUUUUACAAACUUUUAACGAAAAUUAUAAUUGAAAAACUUUUGAACUUUCGCCGAGCUUUAGUCAUUGCUCAGUAAGCUCAUAGAAUACGUUUACGUGAAGUUAAGACUUUGAAUUAUUUAUUUGAUAUUUAAAGAAGUCCAACAUGGCUCAGAUGUUACAAAGGGGCAAUUAUACACCCUUUAGGCUAAGCUAUGAUAUUAAAAGUUGUCUUGUAGUAUAUAUUAUACCAUUAUCUACCAAACUAUUUUCUAUUAUUUUAGUCAGCGAAUCACUGGACACCAAAUUGUCGUCCAAAGAUUUAUUUUUGGGGCCAAAGCGGAACGAAUCCGCCACUUAA